UUUGACUCUAACCCUUUGUGGCUUAGUGAAUGACUGGGGUGUGGGGCGCCUCUUCUGUUAUCCGUGCACAUUCAGUAUCCACAGGCUGGCUGCGAAUGAAUGAGGACCUUCAAGUAACUGCAACACAGACGCAUUUUCGUACAGAGCGUUGGCAAUCAAUUGUCAAGCCAAGAAGUUUCGUUUUCGACUCACAAAUCGUGUGCAUGCAAGCCUUGACCCAAGCGGCUUGAGCAACUCAGUUUUGUGGCUUUGUUGGCCAUGGCAAAGGGGAAAACCGGAGGCGGGGUGCAGAACAGGGCCAUCUACUCGCGCAUUUCCUUCCUUCAGCAAGCCGCUGUUGCUCUGUCACGCGCUGGGCAUGCACAUACUGGCCCUCGCGGCGAAGGUGCUGCCCAGUGCACUUCGGCGGUCAACAAUCCCCAUCCUCUUGCGUCCGACUCUGGAAGGGACAAACCUGCGCCCGCCCACCUAGAGGCCAUGGGCAGGCGGCUGGCGACGGAUUUGCGCGCUGUAUCCCUCAAGACGAGGAUUCGCCUCAAACCGGCUGUCAAACACACCAUUUGCAAGUUCUGCGACUCAGUUCUCAUUGACGGGGAGUCGUGCACAUCUAUCAUCGAGAACAAGAGCAAAGGGGCCAAGAAGCCGUGGGCAGAUGUCCUGGUUCGCCGGUGCCACACAUGCGGAGGGGAAAGAAGAUAUCCAGUCAGUGCAGCGAGGCCGAGUCGUAAAACGGAGCGCGGACUUGGCGGAGGCAGCAGUCACCUUCAACAACCAGCACACAAAGGUUCAGCCAUGCCAGAGCAUCAGAGUUGAGGCGGCCGCGGGCUUAGGCUUAGGCUUGAGGCAACUACAUGAUAGUGGUCGGGGCGGCACACCUGGCCUCUCCCGUCAAGAACUGGAGCCUUGCUGCCAUGCCUAGCUGGAGCGAGGGUCAGCCAGGAUCCGUUGAGGGGCGCCGGUGACCAUGGGACUUUCGCCGCUCUAUCAGGUCCACGACCGGCGCUGCAUACAAGCAAGAUCCGCCAUCGCAUCCACGCCGCAUUCGUGGGGAAACACGUCCAUCGUACACGCGCGAAGAUACAGCUCCACCACCUCGACCACCUCCCCCCGGCCGUCAUGUCUGGUUGCCCUGCUGUUGCUGGAUGGACUCUUCCCCGAGGACUUUGC